AUGAGUUCUAUCUCGAGCAAGUCGUCUUCCGCGUCCAGCUCGAACUCGAAAUUGUCGACUAUGCAGAGAAACAAUGCCAUUGAUGAGCGAUCGCCGCUACUGCAGUCACCCGACCACGUCAGAGAGGUUGACGAGGCAGUUUCACCCGCCGCAAGGCCGCCGUCCCAAACUGAAACGGAGAAAACAGCAUCGAAAAAGCAGAUCAUCAGUAUCCUGGCUGUACUGCUGAUUGGCGUGUUCCUCUCCAAUGCCGACUCCUCAAUCGUUUUCACGACCCAUGCGCUGAUCGCCUCUGAGUUCGAUGAUCUUUCCAAUUCCAGCUGGAUUUUCGUGAGCUUCGGGCUUGCAGCAACAGCUGCCCAGCCUCUGAUCGGGAAGCUCUCGGACUUAUUCGGCCGAAAGUCUGUGCUGCUAAGCACUUAUGCGUUGUUUAUCAUUGGCUGUGCUAUCAUAGGCAUUGCGUCGUCACUGAAAAUAGUGAUUCUGGGCCGCGUCUUGUCAGGAGUUGGAUGCGCCGGCAUGAGUGCCUUAGUAUCUAUCAUCAUAACAGACCUCGUGCCACUACGCGAUGUUGCAUCUUGGCGGAGUUAUGUCAAUAUCAUUGCAACAACUGGAAGAAGUUUGGGUGGACCGUUCGGUGGCUGGUGUGCCGACACAAUUGGCUGGAGAUGGACCUUCCUCUUCCAAGUUCCCGUCAUGAUCAUAGCCUCGAUCCUUGCCUGGUUCCUCAUUCCCGAGUUCACGCAACCUUUGUCUGUUGAUGAUGCUGUCGAACCUGCUCCGAAAAGCAAAUGGGCAAUCUUCCGGCGACUUGACUUCAUUGGAUCGUUUUUCCUCACUUGUACAAUCCUACUACUAAUGUUUCCCUUGGAGCUUGGUGGCCAAAAAAUCCCGUGGUCACAUCCCCUCAUCUUCUGUCUGCUUGCGUCCGCCCUCGUCACCGGCGUUCUCUUCAUCAAGGCAGAGAAACGCGCAAAGGAACCCGUCCUACCGCUUGAACUCUUCCGCGAACGAGAUUUUGUCAUAAGCUUUCUGGUCAUGACGAUGCAAUUGGCAGCGCAGGCGAGCAUGAUGUUCACCGUCCCGCUGUACUUCCAGAUCACGGACUCCGUCAGCUCGACCAAGGCCGGCGCUCAUCUCCUCCCAGCGGUGGUUGGCAAUGCAAUUAGCCAGUUGAUCAGCGGAGAGUUCAUUGGCCGAACUGGCAAAUACAAAGUUUUGAUCACUUUCGGCACAACUUGCACUUCCAUUUGCUAUGUGCUCAUGCUGUUCCGCUGGAAGAGUCACACGAAUUUCUGGGAGAGUUUGUAUAUCAUUCCUGGUGGAUUCGGCACCGGCAUCGCCGCUUCAGCGCUCUUCAUUGCCAUCACUGCAUGCGUUGAGCCCUCUUUCGUGGCCAUUGCCAGCUCGACCAUGUAUCUUUCUACGUCGAUCGGGGCACUGGUUGGCUUGGCUUCAAGUUCCGCCGUGCUACAGACCAUCGUGCAUCGUGGCCUCCAGACAGUUGUGGGGUCCGACUUUCCCAACCGAGAGGAGUUCAUUCGCAGGUGUCUGCAGGAUAUUGAGUUUCUUCAACAACUUCACGGACCUAUCAAAGACAAGAUCAUUGAUGUGUACGUCCUGGGGUUCCGGGGCGCCUACAUCAUGUCUCUUAGCUUGUCCGCUGCAGGGACUUUGUUGGGCCUCUUCAUGAGAGAGCGUCCCCUUGUUUGA